AAUAAGGAUCAACAUUUUCUCUUUCAUUUAUGUAGUAGGGUUUUUAUUUAUUUAAAGUUUUGGGUUGGUUUGUAAAAAAAAUUGGGAGCUACGAUCAGAAACACAGCGAUCGGAGAUGGAGAUGGACAGUCCGUUGGUGCGUCUAUGCAUAGAGGAAGCUUGUAAGAGCGGAGAUGCGGUGGAACGAUGGCGCCUUCAGCGGCGGAGUCUUGAGAAGCUGCCUCCUCACCUUGCUGAUGCUCUCCUCCGCCGCCUACUCCACCGGCGACUUCUUUUCCCUUCGUUACUCGAAGGAUUCAAACAUUCUGUAGAGAAUAUAGAUCUCCGAGGCGAAAGCUCCAUUAACGCUGAAUGGAUGGCUUACAUUGGAGGCUUCGCUAAUCUAUUGUCUCUAAACCUUUCAGAUUGCCAGAGAAUCAACAGCUCUUCCCUCUGGCCUAUCACAGGAUUAACUAGCUUGACCGAGUUGGAUCUUUCAAGAUGUAUGAAGGUUACAGAUACUGGUAUAAAGCACCUCCAAUCUGUUGUAAACCUGGAAAAGUUGUGGAUUUCACAGACGGGUGUUACAGAAGCUGGGAUUUCUCUUCUAGCUUCGCUUAAAAAAUUGUCUCUUCUAGAUUUAGGCGGCUUACCUGUAACUGAUCAGAACUUGAUUUCCCUCCGGGCUCUAACAAAGCUAGAGUACCUUGACAUCUGGGGAAGCAACGUAACCAACCUAGGAGCUAUCUGUAUACUCAAAUUUUCAAACUUGAGCUUCCUCAAUCUCUCGUGGACCAGCGUCACACAGACUCUGAACAUACCUCACCUUGAAUGCUUACACAUGAACAAGUGCGACAUUGUCUCCAUAUCAAAAACGCAUAGCUCCCCCUUAGCUUCCUUGAAAAAGUUAGUUUUGUCCGGAGCUACUUUUAGUGCCGAAACCGAGUCCUUUUCCUUCACCAACCAAAGCUCGAUAACCUACUUGGACGUUUCCAACACCCCCCUCCGAAAAUUCAGUUUCUUAGCUACUAUGAUUAACCUGGAACAUCUUGAUCUCAGCUCCACAGCAUUUGGGGAUGAUUCUGUUGAGUUUGUAGCAUGUGUUGGCGAGAGUCUGAGGAUUCUUAAUGUCUCAUAUACAAAAAUCACUUCUGUUGGGGUCGGGAAUCUUGCAGGACAUGUGCCGCAACUCAACACAUUAUCUCUGUCUCAGACAUCUGUGGACGAUCUUUCCAUCUUACUUAUCAGCACCAUGAUGCCUUGCAUUAAAACCCUUGACUUAAGCAUGACCAGGAUCCAAGGAUUUAUGCAGCGACAAACUCAACAAGCAGAGCCGUCGUUUGCAGCACUACAAUCUCUAACGUCCCUUGAAAUCCUGAGUCUAGAACAUGCGUACCUGAGCGAUACUGCUCUCUCUCCUCUAAGUAGCCUUACCGGAUUAACACAUUUGUCCCUUAAAAGCACUUACCUCACAGAUUUCACUCUCCACCAUCUUUCCUCUCUCCCAAACCUAGUCAGUCUCGGAGUCCAAGAUGCAGUUUUGACCGACAAUGGUCUCGAGAAGUUUAGCCCACCUUCAAGGCUGAGAACACUUGACCUCAAAGGUUGUUGGCUUUUAAGCAAAGAAGCUAUCACUGCUCUGUGCAAAAGGUACCCUCACAUUAAAGUGAGGCAUGAUUUUGCAGAUGACUCUUCUUCUCUCGAACAAAAUCAACUUCUUCCUCGCUCAUCGCCUCUUGAAAAGUCCGGGAGGAGGAGGAACAACCAGAGGCCUGAGAGUUCUGUUGCUGUUCCCAGGAAUUUCGUAGAUCAGAGACUGAAGUACAAUAGGGAAGAGUUGGUUGCUCUACAAAAUUCGCCUUUGUCACAAUUGCUUCCACGGGAAGUACUUGUCAGUGUACCAGAUAUUCUAGCUGAUUUGUAAUUCAAUGAUGUCCAAAAGGGGUUGAAAAUCAAAUUAUGGGAGAUCUUAGCAUCUGUCUUGUUGUCAGUUUUGGCCUCAUUUUUCCUUUUCAAAUUUGUUAGAAGAUGUUUAAGACAGUCAGUCAGUUUUGCUAUCUGCCUGUACACGAUACGUUUACUAAAUUGCAAUACUACAUUUUGGAUAUUAGUUUCGACUU